AUGCGAAUUCGCUUACGUGAAGUAACAAAGUAUGGCCUUCGUAAUAUUCAUCUACGGCGUGUGCGGCCUCGGGCGUCUCCGGCGGCGGUCGGGCGCUUUCGCGAGGCGCGCGGGCGUCGCGGCGGCGGACGGGAGCGCCAGUGCCGGCCGCCGUGGCUGACCGCGUCCACCGCCGGAGCCGCCAACAUUCUUCUCUCGGUCGCGCGCAUCGCGAAGCGCUCUCGCGCCCUUCAAAACGUCGUUGUGGAUUUCCAUACGGCCGACCACCAUUCCUUCCGCGGGAACGUCGAGCCGGCGCUUCCACGCCGCAAGAAACACCCUGAGCUAGCGUACCGCACGCAUGAGUUCCUGGCCGCGUCGGACGACUCUCUGGACUCUGCCGUUCCGGUGGACCGCGCCAGGUCGGAGGAGCGCGGAGGUGGCCGGGCGAGGCCCGCUCGCAGGAGCAAGUCGGAGGGCCCCCCGCAAUCCGAGUACCGCUUACAAUACAUGAAGUUCGCUCCAGUGGACCGCUCCGACUCCGACCCCUGCGAUCCUGAAGAAGACCAGGACAUGAUGACUUCAAGUUUGCCUCCUACUACGACAACUGGCAACCCUUUAAGCAGUGCUCUGAGUCGCAUUAGCACUGAAUACCGGCUACAGUUUGCGUGGCCCCGUGGGGGUCGCACCAAGACAGACAUUAUGUCAACUGUUCCAGGCAAUGCAGCUAGUGGUCCACCUAGAAAAUCUCUCUCUAUGGGUGCCAUACGUUCUACUGGACCUGCACCUGUCCACAAGAAACGAAGUGCAGACUUUGAUCGUGGUGAUGAAGGGGCCUCAGAACUAGAACCAUUAGUUGGAACUGAUGGUGGGGAGACAAUGAAAAGUUUGGAAGAUCAUUCUUUUGGAGAAGAAAAAAUUCAGAAAGAAAUUCUAAGCAAAGAAGAGAAGCCUCGCCACAGGAAAGAAUAUAAAACAGAAUACAAGAAAAAGUUCCAGCCAUUUUCUCAUUAUGAUUAUGUGGAAGGAAAAUUCUUCAAAAAGAAACAUGCAGAUCCUUCUUCACAACAGCUUUUACUAUCUGAUAUUCCCCAUAGUGACUCAUGGUAUUGUGAAGUUCUUGAGCUACGAAAAAAGGCUGGAGAGUACAAGCAUCGUGGAUGGGGGACUGAGUUAGUACCUCAGCACAUUGCAGAACUGUACAGCAAGCAAAUGACUCUUUGGGAACAAGUAUCACGCAGAAGUUCAUUGUCUGCACUGUCUUUGGCUUCUACAACCCCAAGAUCCAUUUCCAAGGAGGAAAAAGAGAAAGAAAAUACAAAGAAAAGCUCCCCCACAAAGCCAGUUUCCCAUCGCCCAAAGUCUGCUAGAGUAUCAACAUUCCAAGAUAAGAUUACACGUUAUGAAAGAAAGCGGGAAGAAAAAAAAGAGGAGAAACAGGAGGAGAAAAAUGAAGAGAAAAAAGAAGAGAAAAAAGAAGAUAAGAAAGAAGAGAAGAAAGAAGAGAAACGGGAGGAAUUGAAAGAGGAGAUGAAGAAAGAAUUCCCUCGAUCGAAACGAGAAUAUCUCAUACGGCAUCAUCUGGAGCGCACAACAGGAGCAACUGAUGGUGCUUUGCUGCCAUCUCCCACCCGAGAGAAACUGGAGCCAGUGGUACCUCGUCCAAAAGAAGAGGAAGCCCCAAACAAGAGUCCACAAAAAUCCAGCCCAAAGUGUAGUCCCCGAGCAGUUCGUUCUCACUCCGUGGGCCCAGGGGUCAGCGUUGAAAAUCGUUCACCAAAGCGACAACCGAGGGCACCUGUCUCUAGUGCUCCACUUGCAGCUGUUCAUAAGGGCCAGGUUAAUGGACCAGUUCAUACAGAGCGGCGGCCACGCCCAACCUCCUUAACCACAACAGGUCCUUCCCGUCCUAAAAGUAGCUCUGCUCCCUUAAAACCCGAAGAAGGCAAAUCCCAUCACACCGUUAAAGCCAAACAAAUGCCGACAAAAUCGGUGGUGAGUGGGGUGCAAGGAGCUAAAGUCAGAGGCGACAGGACCAAAGUUGCUGACACAAAAGAAUCCAGUGCUGAAGAAGAAAAGAAGGAUGAAGAAGUAAAGGAAGAAACUGUAUCAGAGUCAAAGGAAGAGAUUGAGCCAGCUGUAGUGAAAUCUCCACCUGAGCCAACUAGGGUGAAAUCACCUGAGCAGAUCAUCAUGCGAUCUCCUGAACCAGUCAACUGGACUGUGCCGCUAGACACAGGAAAGACUUUCACUGUAACCCAAAAUGUUCUUGAAGCUAUGCCAAAUGUGAGGUUUUACAGAGGUGAACUAAUAAGCAGGCCACACAGUGAGGUAAAAGCAUGGACUCCACCAGCUGUCCCUCCUCCAGCACCACAGUCUGCACCACCAGAACUAGCUGAACAAGAACAAUCUCUCUCAGGCGGUUGGCGAUCUGACACAACAGAGACUGAACCUUCAAGCACACCAGUUCCACAGCCUUCUCAGACAGUUAAUGGGCUUGAAGAAAAAAGUGAAGGGGAGGAGAACGUACCAACAGGGUCAGAACUGACUCACUAUGAGACACCUGUUCCUGGAACUACACUUAAAUGUCUUGGAGAUGUUUCAUUUGGUGCUGAAGAGGGUAAAGUUAUAGGAACACAGCAACCAGGAGGGCCAUCUGGUUACCGAGUUCUGGAAGCUCCUAGUCCACCAUCCGACAUUGCGUAUCAGCCAAGUGAGCUGGGAAGCGCACAGGGCUCUUACCAUGUAUUAGAAGGUCAGGCACUGACACAAGAAUCUCCCACUAAACCUUUGCCACUUGUAUCCCCGUCCUCUGGUCGUUCACUUGCAUCUGAUGUUCUAGAGAAAGCUAGAACAAGAUUUGACAAAUUCUGGGGUAAAAGCAAGGAGUCACCUGACAGGGAAGGAAAGGUAUAAAACUAUAGCACAUUUCAUUGUAUAGUAAUCCAGCUCUUAUGUACUGCAGCGUCCACACGCAUGUCUUAUGCAUGGAACAAAACUGUAUAUCGAUGCUUUACUUCUGUAGCAGAUAACCAUUCCCUUGAUUCUCCUGCUUGGGAUGUUAUUCCAUUUUAGCUGUUCUUACUAUUGAGAAACAUGUGUUAUUUAUGAUUCACUUAUUAUUUAUAUAUCUUUGAUAUGACAAAUUAAAAUGGAAAUGCACUGAAACAUCCCAUUCAGAAGAUAUAUGAAAUUUAUAAUUACAAGAGACUGUGCCCUUGUCCUAAACUUUAUGGGAGAUAAAUCAACAGUUUGUUUGCUAAUUUAUUAUUAUAGUAAUAAAUCAGAUUUAGAUGUCAAAAUGGCCAAUUUAUUUAUUUUGUGGUACAAAUAAGUAGCAAAAUAUGUCAUUUGUACCUCAAGAGCUUACUGUUUGCUGUUUCAAAUUGUCAGUGUAUAUAAAAAAUUAUAUGGCACUCGAUUUUAAUCUAUUGUUCUAAAGCAAUUCUGAGGUGAACAGCCUCUGUCAGCUAUUGAAAUUUCUAAUGAAUACAUUUUUUUUUAAUUUCUUUAUUUCAUGUUACAUAUUUACUCAAAAGAAUAUCUGUUUUUCAACAAAAUGAAAAAAAUGAGAUUCAUUGCUUAUGUAAUUUAAAAUAAAAAAUAAAAAAAGAAAUAAAAACAGUUCUGUAAGUAUAAAAUUUGAAAUGCAUUGUUCAACAUGAAUAUUCCAAAAAUAAUCAUUUUAUUUGUUAUCUAUGUGUCUGCUUCUUAGUUCAGAGCAAAUUCAUAGCAGACUGCUUUCAUCUAUUGGUUGUGCUACUUCAGAAACAGACUGGAUGUAAUAUUAUAUCUGUUGCUUGCAAUUAAUAAUUGUUGUAUUUGCUGUUGAUAAAGGUUAAGUCACUGUUUGCUUCCAUAUAUCACAAGAGUUUGUGUGAUUUAGUGUACUAUAGGAAGCAGUUUGUCACUCAUGUUGAUUUUGAUGACUGAAAAUAAAG